AUUCUAUUAAUUUCAUAUACUUCGUAACUUAAUCUUGAAUCAAAACAAAACAUAUGAAAAUCAGAUCAUGGCCUCAAAUAAAAAAGUAUUUAUUUUUAGGAAAAAACAAAAAAUAUUUUAAUCUUAUUAUUUCCUUCUCUUAAAUUGAUUCGGUAAUUUUGAGAAAAGUGUGAUAAGUGGCAAUGAGAAGGCUAAAAAGGGCCAUAAAAGAAGCAGUAGUUCUAGUAAACCCCCGGUCACCCACUGAGUUUAGACGGACUACUCUUAUUUAUAUAGAAAUUGUAUUCGGAAUUCAGAAGCCGAAACCAAUGCCAUAAAAAUAAAAAUAAAAAUAAAAAAUAAAACAGAAAAAAAAAAGAGAGAAUUAAGAAGAGAAAUAUGAAAUCGUAUUGUUGGAAGGAAGGAAAAACAUGCGUGAAAUGGGUUCGUAAAUACUUCAAAGAUUGUCUAUGUAAUAUGAAUGAUGAUUUAUCGUUUUCGUUUGGUAUUCUUAGUUUAUUAUCAUGGGGUGUCGCUGAAAUCCCUCAAAUCUUCACCAAUUUUCAAGCUAAGUCUAGCCAUGGCGUCUCUCUUCUUUUCCUCCUUGGUUGGGUUCUUGGUGAUAUUUUUAAUCUUGUGGGUUGCCUUCUUGAGCCUGCUACACUGCCAACCCAGUUUUAUACAGCCUUUCUUUACACAGCCAGCACAAUAGUGCUCGUGUUGCAGAGCCUGUACUAUGACUACUUCUACAAAUGGCUGAAAUGUCGUCAUAAUAUAGUCCAUCAUGAAGAGGAGUUAGAAGACGAGAAAAAACCACUGAAUCCAAAACCGACCCAGGGAAGUAUGCCAAUUGCUUGUGCACCAGUAAGAGCUCCAACUCGAAGAUAUUACACGUCAGCAAGGUCUCUAGCUGGAAGUGACACACCCCCUUUUAGAUCUUAUCUGAUUGUUGGCCCCAGGAGUGGUCCAUCAGUGUUAGAGCAUGAGGACCAUUCAUCUUCUGAUGAGGAAGAAACUAAUCCUAUUCCAAUCCCUCCCAAGAGAGGUACCACUAGCCUGCCUAGACAGAUUCCUCGUCCGGCUGCUCGAGGAGCAAUAGUGGCUGCGACUGUCAGCUUACCAUUGGGAGGCCAUGCGUUAUCAGAAGCUUUUAGGGGCCUUUCUGGGAGGAGAAUGUUAAGCAUGCAGGAACACAGUCCUCAGCACAGUGCAGUUGGUCAGUGGUUGGGAUGGAUGAUGGCAGCUAUUUACAUGGGCGGUCGCAUUCCUCAGAUCUUAUGGAAUAUCAAAAGAGGAAGUGUGGAGGGCCUUAAUCCACUGAUGUUUGUAUUUGCACUUAUCGCUAAUGUCGCCUACGUUGCUAGCAUAUUGGUGAGACGUCCAGAAUUGGAGGAAAUCAAAGCAAACUUGCCUUGGUUGCUGGAUGCUAUAGUAUGCGUGGUGCUCGACUUAUUUAUAAUAAUGCAGUAUGUCUAUUACAAACACAUACGAAAGAGGAAUGCAAGAGAAGAAGAUCACAAUAACUACUACGAGGAAGCGCAAAAACCAGUUGUAUCUUGACUCCUGACUCCUGAGUAACUUGUAGCAUUACAUACUACCCUUGAAGGAGGGAUCAAAGUGUAGCUUAUGAAGGCAUAAGCGAAUUGCGAAUUUGGUUCUUGUAUCUUAAUCUAAUGAAACUAUGCUUAUGUACAUUCGAUUUUACAUAAAUGCUAACCAUUGGAAAUGGUCUCUCCAAUGUUCGUCUAU